UUAUGUAGUUCGAAAUUCUGUCGUAGGCAAAAUUCUUGAAUGAACCGGCGAUCAAGUUAAUUGAAAUUUGAUCCAAAUGACUUGCUCAAUUCGAGACGCGGCGUUUUCCCGGUUGCUUUCACCGGAGAUUCUCGUUGACGGCCCUGGAGGCCGCACACACGCGCCCGCCAUUUCCAGAUGCCGCCAGUGUAUAAGGCCGCGGUGGCGCAUCCUCAUCUCGCGGAAUCGUCGCGCGGACGUCUCUCGCGCGAUCAUGAAUUAAAUUGUGAUCUCGGUGAACGGCGAAGUGCGCAAUUUUCUCCAUGAAGUGAAUACGAAGGAGGGCAGCCGAAAAGAGCGUGUUAUGAGACGGUCGUACAUUACGUCGAAUUUUCCACUCCGGCGGCUUGCGGUGCGCAAAGUGUCUCGCUUGUUGCACAGUUGCCAAGGCGACUAACGUGCGUGCGUACGUGCGUGCGUGCGUGCGUGCGUGCGUGCGUGCAUGCGUGCGUGCACACGUGUGUGUGCGCGCGUGUGUAAGUGCGUUGCGCCGCGUAUCUACAAGUGCGCGGUGUAUUAUGAUAAGAGACCAAUCGGCAUUGUUAUCCGGACAUUAUUCUCCUGUCACCUUUACGCCGCCGUCGCCGUCGACAACGACGACGACGAGAACGCUACUUCGAUGCCCCUUCGACGCCGCGACGACGUAGCCGCCUGAAGAGAACAGCAACCGUCGCGCAUCAUGGACUACCCGGUGUUGGGCCACUACGAUCCCACGGUAGAGGCCCCGGACCAUGGUAGCGGCGAGGAGGAGCAGGAGCUGCUUUGGGAGGAAUGUAGUUAUGUUGUGCCUGGGGAAGUGUCCACUGAAUAUGUACCUGCGACAGAACAAUUUGGAGAGGACUUUACCGGGGCUGAGUUUCAGGAAACUAGAGCAUUGCUCGCAGAUGGCGGAGAUAGAUUUGGAGUUUCCACUGCCAUUUUCGAUACGUUCGAGGAGCUUAUGUGGAUGGGCAAUCAAGGGGGUCAUGUAACGUCUUACUAUGGAUCUGGUUUACAAAAAUAUACCUCUUUUCAAGUCCACGCGUCGCAGGAGAUACGACAUAUUCAUACCAUAGACGAGGGUAUCUUAGUGCUGUCUCAAACCCAGUUGAGAUGUCAGUUGCGAAGAGGCAUACCAAUAUUCACCCACACAUCGGUGAAUAUGAACGACAUGCAGUGUAUGCUGCAAAUUUCUCCAACCAGACUACUCAUGGGUGGUCAUCAGGAUAAAAUAAUCGACUUUAACCUUACUAGAGGAAAAGAGACUGGAUUAGUGGACGUUGAUGAGCGAGGUUGUGCGAUACUACGGCAACACAGUAGGCUUAUCUGUGCCGGUAAUCCUGCAGGAAGGAUAGAUCUCAGGGAUCCAAAUACAUUAUCAAUAGAACAUACUUUGGACACGCAUAGUGGUUCUUUAAGUGAUUUUGAUGUUCAAGGAAACUAUCUUGUUACAUGUGGUUUCAGCAACAGUCGUCAGGGCCUCACUGUCGAUCGAUUUUUAAUGGCCUACGAUCUAAGACAAAUGAGAGCACUAAGUCCAGUUACUACUAUGGUGUAUCCUCUUUUAUUGAAGUUUCUACCAAGUUAUUCCAGUCGGCUCGCAGUGGUAUCGCCGUUAGGACAAAUGCAACUACUUGAUACAAUAUAUGCUAAUGUACAACCAUCAAUGACGUGUUUAUAUCAGGUUGCUACCGGUGGCGCGGCGAUAUUAUCAUUUGAUGUAGCUUCUACAUCUCAAUGCCUUUGCUUUGGAGACUCGGCCGGCUCUAUACAUCUAAUGUCUACUAACAACCCGGAACCUCAAUUCAAUACAUUCUCUAGACCUACGGAGUUUGCCGAUCCAAUUGAAACCUUACCAUCCAUUUCUUUUGAUGACGAUAUUACACCGUACAGUAUUAUACCAAUGAUAUAUUCAGAUCAACCACUUUUAAGUGAUUGGCCUGAAGAAUUUAUAAAAAAAGUUUAUAGGAAAACUCCACCAAUAGAUCCCGAAAUCUUGCGCACAAUGAAAAUGCAGGGAACAAUAGGAUACGCACCAAAUCCUCAGGCUUUUCGCAGAAAUCAAAUACCGUACAAUCUGGAAAAACGACGUGGCUUAGUCGCGAAGCCUUUCGCGGGGGACUCACGGUCUAAAACAGAUGACGGCACCUUUGUAGCCAUACCUAAACGUUAUCGUAAAAUCGAGUUGAAAUACUCACGGCUUGGUUACGAUGAUUUUGAUUUUGAUCAGUACAAUCGAACCAGCUUUUGUGGCCUGGAGGCUACACUUCCCAACAGUUAUUGCAAUGCUAUGCUGCAGUUGCUUUAUUAUUGCGAGCCUGUAAGAGUAGCAUUGCUCUCGCAUUCGUGCCAACGAGAGUUUUGUCUUUCUUGCGAAUUGGGAUUCUUGUUUCACAUGCUGGAUACAUCACGAGGAUUUCCUUGCCAAGCUGCGAAUUUCCUUAGAGCUUUUAGGACAGUUCGAGAGGCGUCAGCUUUAGGACUUAUACUGAACGAUCCAGAAUCCAAGAAAAAGAUCAAUCUAGUUGUACUCAUUCAAAGCUGGAAUAGAUUUAUUCUACAUCAAAUACAUUAUGAGAUACUGGAAACGAGGAAAAGACAACAAAAAGAAGAGGAGGCACGACUUCUUAAGUCAGGUUCCAAAUAUCCCCCAUUUGUUUAUAAUGAACAGGACUUUCCUAGUAUUCUCGAGGAUCUCGGUUCUCGAUAUAGAAACCACGACGAUGAAAGGAAAAAAAAGAGAAAGCAGGAGGAGGAUGGUAAAUAUAUGUGGAUCACAUCGAAAGAUAAGACCAUCAAAAAAUCCACCGAAGAGAAUGAAGUGCGAGAUGACGAAACAGAGAUCAGUCGUCUGUUUGGAUCUGAACAAAUGCAUAUACAUCGCUGUCUCAAAUGUGGGCAAGAAGCUACAAAACAUUCUAUCAUGUUACUUUGUAACUUAGUUUAUCCGGAAAUAAGUAAUCCUUCUGAAGAGGUACCGUUCACAAAUGUUCUUGCCCGUAGUUUAAGACCUGAGAAAAUUACACCUGCAUGGUGUGACAAUUGUCAGAAAUUUACACCUACUCUCCAGUCUCGACAAUUGACUAAACUACCUCAAAUACUGGCUCUAAACUGCGGCUUAGAUACUCAGCAGGAUAAGGCGUUUUGGCAGAAUCAAAUGGACAUCGUAGUACAAAACGUGUUAACGGGAAAGGAGAGCAGUCCUAGCUCCAGUCCUGUGCCCGUCACUGCAAAGCCCUGUCGCUAUGGCAAUAAUUGUACGCGAACCGGAUGUCGAUUCAGGCACGUUGGCCGUGACUCAGAAACAGAAAAAUUAUUGCCAUCGUCCUCUACUCCGUCUACCUCGUCAACCUCGGCGCCCGUUACAUCGCCUCCUAGUCAUUUGUAUUACUUACAUUCCUGGAUACCUCACAACAUAGAGAUCUCCCUCGAAGAAAGCGGAGAGAUGUCAGUUAAAAAAAUUAAUGAACCAAAAAGCGAAUCGGAUAAUGACAUGUCCGCGCAGACAAGCAUGCUCGAAAACGGUCAAGAUGACAAAAUGGUACAAAUAGUUUCCGAGAGCGGGGAUAACGAUAAAGAAAAAGUUGAGAAAAUGUUGCAAAAUUGUAAUAUAGUAUCAAACGAAGAAGAUGGCAAGGCUGUAAAAAGUACAAAUUCGGAGAUCUCUUGUAAUACUCAAAAGAUACAAUAUGGUCUUAGUGCUGUUGUCUGUUACAUCGAUGAUAAGAAUAACGAGGAACGGAGGAACAUUGUAGCACUAUUACGAGUUGGACCAGAUUAUCACGAACGAUCAGGAGGCCACGCCGUAUCGCAAUGGUACAUCUUCAAUGAUUUCUGUAUACAACCAGUGACACCACAAGAAGCGGUAUGGUUUAAUCUCGAUUGGAAAGUGCCGUGUGUGCUCCAUUACACAGCAAUACCUGCUCCUGAACCGAUACAAUUUGUUAGCCCCCUUACGUAUGAUGUAUUCGGAGAAGACAAAUGUAUCGCUCGCAGUGGCGGAACUAGAGGCAUAACGUUUACUCCUCUUUCGUCAGAUGAAAUGCCUAAAAAAGGAGAGUUGGUAGGGAUCGAUGCAGAAUUUGUUACCUUAAAUCAGGAAGAAUCCGAGUUACGGAGUGAUGGAAAAAUGUCUACUAUAAAACCGAGCCAUAUGUCGGUUGCACGAAUCACCUGUAUACGCGGGCAAGGUCCAUUGGAAGGUACACCGUUUAUAGACGAUUAUAUAAGUACUCAAGAACAGGUGGUCGACUAUUUGACAAAAUUCAGCGGCAUUCAGCCAGGUGAUUUAGAUGCGAACUUCAGUAGCAAACAUCUCACCACUCUAAAAUCAACGUAUCAAAAAUUAAGAUUCUUAGUGGACAAUGGCAUAAUCUUCGUCGGGCACGGCCUAAAAAACGAUUUUAGGGUAAUAAAUUUGGUAGUGCCACCGGAGCAAAUAGUAGAUACGGUUUUGUUAUUCCAUUUACCUCAUCAUCGCAUGGUAUCAUUACGCUUUUUGACAUGGCACUUUUUGGGUAAAAACAUUCAAUCUGAAACUCAUGAUUCAACCGAGGACGCACGAGCAGCUUUAGAAUUAUAUCGCAAAUAUAAGGAAUUAGAAAGAUCUGGUACACUGAAAGCAACACUGAAAGAACUGUAUGAAGUUGGCAACCAAUUACAGUGGAAAGUCCCUGAUAGCUGAUAUGAGGAUAAUAUAUAUAACGAUUUAGAUGACGAAAUCAAUAGUGAUAAUGAUAAUUAGAUAAUAGAAACGUUCAUGUCCAUUGUUCAACAUCAUUGUUCAAAAGAUAUUCGGCGAGAGUGCUAAUAUCGUAUUCGUUGAUAAAAUGUUGAUGUUUAAAAUAGGUUCACAUACUCAUCAUUCACAAAGAACAGAUCUAUUCAACGCACAUCUAAUAUUAAUAAACGGAACUUUUUGAGAUCCUAAAAUCAUAAAAUUGAAAACGAAUUGCAGAUUUGAAAAUUGAUAUUCAUUUAGGCGUUUUCACUAUGUUAGAUCAUUGUUGCAUAUGUAUACCGAGAAUCUAUGGUAUACAUAUAUAUGAUAAUAGUAUACAUUUUCAUAAUAAUAAACAUAUAUUAUCGUUUUAUGAUAAUAUAUUAUCAUAAAAUAAUAAUGCUAAUACAGUAUCAUAAAAUGACAAGUGAUUAUAAUACAUUAUCAUUUUAUGUUAUGAUCAUGUAUGUAUACAUACAUUAUAUUAUAUAAAAUAUAAAAUUUUCUUCUAUGAUAUACACACUGGAAAAAAGUUAUUAAUUUG